AGGUCACGUUGCGUGUGCCCAGCUGGUUUCUUCGCUGAGUAAGCCACUUCCCAGCUAGGACAAAAACCAGGUACAGGAUGGGAGACGUAUCCGAAGAUCCCUGUAACAAAAAAAACACGAUGCCGACUGCUGCUGAAAACCUGGGGAUCCGGACUAGAGAUGAAUCCUGGGCUUUCUGAAUCGGGCCAGCAAGCUUCCCCCUUACCUUACUAAAGGCCUCCCCAGUUACAAGCUGAUAUGGAAACAGGAUAAACUGAACUUCAGAUUUCGCCUAGUUGACCCUCAGUUCCUCUUUUCCAAAUGAACUUAUUUCUGGUGUGGUCUUAUCCCAAUGCCCUCUGUUAGAGACCUCCCUGGGGGGGUACCUCUAUAACCAGUCAUGGGGAAUGUCUACAAGUACUACUUCAACAAGGACAAAAUCUUCCAGCACUACAACUACACUAAGGACAAGCUAGAGAGAGAUGAGGUGUCUUCGCUGACUCCCAUUGCCAUUGCCAUCAUUGUGCUCUGUUGCUUCAUUAUCCUGGAGAACCUGCUGGUGCUCAUGUCCGUUUGGAGGAACAAGAAAUUCCACUCAGCCAUGUUCAUCUUCAUUGGCAAUCUGGCCUUUUCAGACCUCAUGGCUGGCUCGGCCUUCAUUGCCAACAUUGUGCUCUCGGGCCCAGCCACCUUUCGCCUCACUCCGAUACAGUGGUUUGUGCGAGAAGGCACUGCCUUUACCACCCUGGCAGCUUCAGUCUUCAGUUUGUUAGCCAUUGCGAUUGAACGACACGUGGCUAUCACAAAGGUGAAGGUCUACAGUAGUGACAAGAACUGCCGGAUGGUGCUGCUGAUUGGGGCCUGCUGGGUCAUCUCAGCCACCAUUGGGGGGCUGCCCAUCCUUGGCUGGAACUGCAUGUCUGAUCUUGAGAAGUGCUCCACUGUUCUGCCCCUUUACUCUAAAAGCUACAUUGUCUUUGUGGUUACCAUUUUUACUGUCAUCCUCUUCUCCAUUGUGGUCCUCUAUGUCCGGAUCUACCGUAUCGUCCGCUCCAGCCAUGCUGAGAAAGCCAGCUCCCAGACAAUGGCCUUGCUCAGGACAGUUACCUUUGUCCUGGGGGCCUUCAUCAUCUGCUGGCUGCCUGCCUUUACCAUCCUCCUGAUAGACGCUUCAUGUGCCAGGAAGUCUUGCCCUAUCCUUUACCAGUCAAAGUAUUUCUUUGCCUUUGCUACCCUCAAUUCAGCCAUUAACCCCCUCAUCUACACCCUCCGCAGCAAGGACAUGAGGAAGGAAUUCUUACGGGUGCUGUGUUGCUGGGGGAUGAUGGGGCAGGGAAAGCCAGCAGAGCGUUGCAUGAUCCCCCUCCGCAGUUCCAGUUCCUUGGAGCGGUGCACCCCAAAACAGGACCUUCCCACUUUAUCUUUCAUGAAGGAACAUUCCACAUUUGUGUGAAAAGAUACAAAGAAAGGAACUAUGGAAUGGACAGGCACUGGCAAAGAAUGGGGGGUUGGAUUGGACGCAAGAAAGCGGUACAAACCUGAUGAAUAUAUUGUCCUGGUGGCCAAAUCAACCUGCCUUGGACUUAUGUGGAGGUGUCCAUUUGUUCACUAGACCUGCACAGUAUUAUGAAUUUAUGUUAGGAGUGUGUGAGACAGAGUGACUGCUGACUGAUUGACUGACAUGAAGUGGGGAAGGGUGGGUAGCUGCUGAGCUACCAAGAAUCUGAUUUGGUACGAUUCUCCUCUUUUCUAAAAGUUGCCCUUGUCUGUGUUUAGACCCACAUGUUUUUUGGUCCUGCAUCUCCAAGCCAUACUUUCAGAUUUCUCCUCUUUCCACAAAACAUUCAUUCGCUCUUCCCAGCAAAGCAAUCUGUUGCUUUGAUCAGUUGGGCCCUUUGCAAGUUUAGUUGAUUAAAACCAGACUUCAACUUGAGGCACUCAAGACUGCAACACUUGUAAUCCCAACCAGAUGACCCCUGCGUUUCUUGUGUAGUGACUGAAGUUGAAGACAAUAAUUUCUUUAGAAGCACAGAGGGUAUUUUGAUAGUACCUUCGCUGCUGGAAAUAUGAAAUAUCUGGCUCUUCACUUUCUGAAGGGAGUGCAAAGGUUGUUUCCAAAGACGUAUGUAGAGCGGCUUUGGGUACAUAUCUGCUAAUGUUCUUGACAUUACAGAUGCCAAACUAUAUGUUCUCUUCAUCCUUGCCAAAGCAUUAUCAUUCUUUUAAAAAGCCUCUUCCUCUCCUGUAACGUGGAAGUUAAACAAGUUUGAGGUUUUUUUAAAUAUGGUAAAGGAUAUAUACAGUGAUUAAAUAAAUGCACAAAAAUGCAUAAGCAGCUCUUGUGGAUAGUGAAGAGAAACAUUGCAAAGCUAUCAUAAUUCCUACUAAAGUUAUCCUUUCUGUUUUUAAUAUUUUUCACUGAACAGAAUGCAUUUAGGUUCUGUGGGAUUGGAUUUACAUCUGGUUUUAAAUAUGUUUUCAAAAGCAAUAACAAAGCAUUUCUCCACCUUUCAGUAGCCACCCCUUCCCCUUCCUAUCUUGAAGUAAGUUUCCUAUUUCCUUCCUUAGCUUGCCUUUUUGAAGCUAAACUGAGAUAUAAUGAUAAGAGCAGUUAAGGGGAUAUUUUUCUGAAAACAUCACAUGUACAAGCAAUCUGAAUCUGUAGACUUAUAUUCACUCAAACUGUUUCCUUGUAGUAAGUAUGGAUAGACUUAAUGCAUAUUAAGAAAGAGUGGAUUUAAAAAAUAAGGUUUUUUAAAUGAGAGAGGGAAGAUUUGUUUUAAUUUCAUUCUUUCACACUUUCACAUAAGGCUGGAAUUUCCUAGAACCCUUGGGAAAAAAACCUCAUCAGUGUAUGGUUGCUCUCAUUUUACAUAAUCAGCAUGGAUGUCAUUACCAGUGGUAAUCCUUUUGAUUUUCCUUCAGGAGCCAAACAAAAAGUUUCAGUUUGGACAGAUUUGCAGAUGGGCAGAUUAGGGAAUUUAACAGAUUUUAAUUGACAUGCCCUGGUUUGGCCUAAUAGAUUUAGAUGCCUGAGAUCCAACAGGCAAAUGCCAAUUUCAGUUCAUUUAAUAAGAGGCAGUCCAGGGGAAGUUCGCCUGCAGAAGCAUGACUGAAAUGAAUAGAAUUUACACCAUUCAAACAUGAGCACUUAUCUACUCUAAGCAUGUGGAACCCUUUUUUUAAAUGUGAGAAAGGCUAGCUUCUCUCUUUCUGAAAUGCAUUACAUUCAGGAGCAUUAAAUAUUUAUAGCCCCCCCCCCCAAAAAAGGAAUAUAAAACUAGUUAGACCAGCAACUUUGUGACCGCCAUUCCCAUUGGUUUGCCCUUUGUCCUGCAGCUCUGUAGAACUUGGAGAAAACUUCCUUGCUGAGCAAGAUUUCCCAUCUUCUAUGCACCUUUCCAAUUUCAAUGCCCUUGUAGCCCAUACUGUUCCAAGUGGCACUGACAGGGAAGGAGUUCCUGAAACCAUCCAAAAGCUUCUUAAACCAUGCAAUUUUAUGUAUGCCGAGCCAAAAAUAAGCCCCAUUAAGUUUAGUUUAUCAUUCAGCAUAUGGCUGCCUCAAUGAACUGAGUAAACCGAAGCUCAUAUUAGGAGGGUACUUCAGGGAACAAAAGCAAUGCUGAGACAUUACAUGCUUAGAGAACAUCUAUCCAAAGUCCUUGUCAUCUCCUAAUAUACUUUUGGAGAAUGGAGCUCAGGGAGGGCUCAGCUUAACAUUCUGGAAAGCAGGGCAACCCUUCUCAGCGUGUGUAGUAGUGGAUUAAGUUGAAGACCAGUAACUAGAACCUUUAGAAGCAAAUGUGGCUCCAUCAGGAGGAUCAAGUCCUCAGUUUCUAGCCCACUGGCAAUCUGGUGGUGGCAACAGGACUUGCUGGCAGGUCAUGCUGAAAUGGGAAUGAGGUGUGUGACCAGGCCAUGGUUUGCCCCUUUUGAAAGAAAUGGCAAUGUGAAAGACUGGUCUGAUGCUGGAUUUGGCAGCAACUUCUAGCCAAACCCUGUUCCCCCACUCCCCAAGGACACUAAUUCUGAGGGAAGAUUUUGCAUCAGAAUAAUCUUCAGCCCUAACCAUGUGUGUGAAGAGGCUGGGUUUGUACACACAUGCAGUCUGUCUUAAGUAUCCCUGUCCCAACCUGAAAUUCCAGUCUGCAGCAGAGGCUUUGUGACUUCUAUCCCAAUAACAACAACAAUCAAGCUAUAGGGUGAGAACAAAGGAGUGCUGGGGGGCUUGCGGGGAGUGGGUUUCUGAGGUUGGGGCAUCUCUAAGAAGUGAUGAAAAGCAGGAAAGGUGGCAAUGCCUUUAAGGAGAAAGCCAGAAGUGGGUGUUUCCUGCCUGCAUAGCUGGUUCCAGCCUGGAAAUGUGAUUCACCCAGCAUGAUGUGUAGGAACAUGCCAUAGGAGGGUGAGAGGAGGAUGUUUUUAUGAAUCAGAAUGAGAUGCAAGCGUGGGAAUCAUUUCCCUCCUCAGGCACAGGCAAUGCAGUCCAGAGUAAUUUAAGGAACCAUCAUCCCCACUUUCUUUGCUCCAGAACAGUGUUCUGAAGGAAUGUAUUCCUGCAUACAACUCACUUAGCAACCACAAUUUGGACUGGCAAUAGGUCAUUAAGCGAAGCCAUCCCUAACUGUGCUUAUAAUCUUACUUCAGCUUUCCUUUGCUUUACAGACCCGCAAAGGUCGUAAAUGCAAGGAUUGGUCAUAAAGUUACUUUUUCAUCUCCGAAUGGUUGCUAAGCAGGGCAGUCACUAAACAAGGACAACCUGUACAUAUAUAACCUCCCCAAGGCAUGAAUACAAUCUCCCCAACUAACUGAAAACCAAAAAUAUUAUAACUUAUCACUUCCUGCAUAACACGGUUCCUGGUUCCAAAUAAUACAGACUGUAGCUUGGAGAGGAAUGACAGGAUCACAGCCCAUUGUACUUACUGUAUAGGCAAGGGUGCAGCUUAUGAAAUAUCCACCUAGGACAUAAUAUGAGCCAGAGUUGUUUCAGCUCUGGAAUCCAACAACAAGGAUAUGAUCUACAGUUGAGAUGUCUUUAUCAUAAAAGGCAGAAAUGCAUAUGUGAGCAUAUGCCUCUAAUGCUUAUCUCUUACCACUCUUGUAUCUCAGAUAGACACUAACUUCUUAGGUGGGUUUUGAGCAUCAGCACCUCUCCCAGGAUAGAUGAAAGCACAGAAAGUGUAGAGUUGGAUGUGGUAAAGGAACUGUUACCAACAACAGGUAUGAAAUAUGGGAGUUAGGGUAGAGCAAGGGAAAAAGUACACAAACAUGAAAGCGUAGAGUAACAAGGAGCUGUGGGUCACCUUCCUGUGGAUAUACCUUAAGCAGCUAAGCAAAUUAUAUGAGAAAUGAUUUAAGUAAGGUGAGAUAGCAAUCAGUAUAUGUGUGUGUGUGUGUGUGUGUGCAUGCAUAAGCACAUUUUUGGCAUGCCUACUCUAAAGUAGGUCCCAUUAAGUUCAGUGGGAUUUCAGUGUAUGUCUAACUGCAAACUUAAACUAUGAAGCAUGUAUGUUUAUGCUGCUUGUCAUAGCCAUGAAGUAUCACCAUGUUUGUCCUGUGUAUGUAAGUGUGCAUGUAAUCUUUAGUAUGCAAGUGCCAGUAGAUGUGGCUAUGUGACAUACUGUAGCUCCUCUGUAAGGUAUUCCUGAGUUGUCAUGUUACAUGCCUGCAUUGACAUCAAUGUAUAGAUGAUGUCAAUGCCACCAAUGUCCACACUGAGGCUGGUGUCUAGGCCUAUUCGUCUUUCUGUGAAGGGGCAUGGACUAAUGCCCAUCCUUGGCAAGAAGGAGUCUGCUAUGACAUUUCUGUACGCAUGAAGGGAUGCUGUGCACCAGAUGUCCGGCUCUCUCUUCCUCUGGCUACGGUUUGUACUUGCUUUCUCGCUUUUGCUCUUCCUGUGUGGCCAAAUCUGGGGCAAGACCUUUGGCUGCUUUCAAGCAGAGGCUGUUACAUGAUGUUUGGAUGUUCCUCCUUUAUGGGAGGGGGAAGCCCCCCCCCCCCACCGACUGACUCCAUUCACUUCUUACCAGUAGCAAUCAAGUUCCCACUGAUUGCAGGUGACCUUGAAAGGGAGAAUAUAAGCAAAAAUGGCAUAUUGGUGUUGAAAUUAUUAAUAAUAUCCAGGGUUUAAGGCGACGGAGAAUGAGUAUUGCUCAUGCUAUGACCAUUCAAUUCACUAUUAUUUCUGCUGGUAGAUUUUUCAAGGUCUUCUAGGCCUUCCAAAAUCUGUAAAAGCUCAUUUUAGUAGAGCAAAAUGGGUGUUUGAGUGUGUGUGUGUGUGUGUGUGUGUGUGUGUGUUUGUAUACAUCCUCUUAAGCAAUAUGGGUUAUUUUAAAUUAUCCAUCCUUUGCUAUUAUCUCCAUCCCCAAUCCCUGAUUUGUUGAGUUGGUAUACAGUACAAACUUAACAAUGUUUGUGUUUUGAACCAAUACACCAAGAUUUCCUUAUCAUUUGAAAUUUGUACAUUUCUGAAUUACUGUUUUAAAAAUGCACUUUUUCAAAUUUUGUGGUGCCACAAGUCUGUACAUAUUCAUUUCUGCAUAUGUUCAUGAAAAUAAUGUACACAAAUUUAUCAUAUUAAGAAAGUUUGUUUGCAGAAGCUAUGUAACAUUAGGCAAAAUUGUCAAGCAAAUGCAACCGAAAUUGGAUAAAUGCACACCAAACAACGUUCAGAUUUUAAUGUAAACUUGGGGGGGAAAAUUCAAGUUCAAUAGAUCUGCAAAAACUGAGAUUCAGAAAAACUGACAAAUUUAUAAAAAUCCGGUUCCGAGAGAAAGUGAAAUAUCUCCCUAUCCAUAAUCUAUGCCCAAUUUGAAAUACACCUAUGCAUUCAUCCUAUGCUAAAUGCCUCUGUUGCUUUCUUGUUCCAUUCACAUAAUGAAUUGUAGCAAUUCCCUGAUAGGCUGGUUUACUAAGAGCCACUUUGGUACUAUAUAGUGGUUAAGGUGCUGGACUAGAAACAGGGAGACUGUGAGUUCUGAGUCCCCUCUUAGGCACGAAAGCCGG